GCCGGAUGCAGAACAUCCUCGAGCAGAACUUAGACAUGGCCACGGCUCUGCUGGCGGGGGAGAAGCUGAAGGAGUUGAUUCUGCCUGGCUCUUCCCAGGAUGAGAAGGGAGGCAUGCUGGCCGGCCUCAUGGUCCAGCUCAAACUAGAGCUACCAUUUGACCGCGUCGUCACCAUCGGCACCGUCAUUAUCCCCAUCCUGCUUGUCACCCUCGUCUUCACAAGGAACUUUGCAGGUCAGUGGGUCGGCCAGACGGCAGAUCUGGGUUCAAAUACUAUUUGAAAUAAUUUGAAAUACUAUGCUUGAUUGACCUUGUCUGGGGUAAUUGAACCAGUAGAAUAGUUGCAAACCUGCAAACCCCACCCAUUUGGCACAGCAGGCAGACCAGAGCAAACGCUAAUAGUAUUUAAAAGAUUUAGAAUAGUUUUUGAACCCAGGUCUGGCAGAGUGCCAGUAGAGGGGACUGUGACAGUGCCGUGCUGUUGCUGUAAACACCAAGCACACACAGCAGGCUGGGAAGGGAACUUUCUGUCCUAAUGUGUUGUUGUUGUCUCAUCACUUAACACUGAACCAGAACACAGCACAGAUACUGAAGUAGUCAGCUGUAGUAGCUUUAUGUUAUUUAUAAUAUGACAUUGGUAUAUUGAAAAAACAACAACAAAGGUUGCUCUCACAGACAAAGCCCCAACAACAUUGGCAUUCAGAAUGUCUAACAUAGCAGGAUGUUAUGGUGCUCUAUGUUAAUUUUUAGAGAGAUCUGGGGAGUUGAGGGUUAAGUAUGCAGUGUAUUUGGUGUUUGAUGUGAGAAAGAUCAGUGCAGACAUUAGGCUGGGCCACUCUGGUGAAAGGAGAGGGAGAGGAGAGGAAGGUGGGGGGGGGUGGGGGUAGCUCAAUGCUGAGUCAGGCUGUCUGCAUAGCAACACCAACCAGCUGUGAUUGAGCAUUUCACUUAGCGCUGGGCGGGCAGGACCAUCCGGGAUAGGAUGGGAUUGGAGGGUGGGAGCCCAUUUCUGCAUUUUCUGCACUGCUCCUCCCCAAAACUCAAAAACAUGGGUUACCCAUGUGACUCAUUAGAUUAAACCUCUGAAGUGCCAUGGCAGCAACCGAUGACAGCAGUGCAAUGUGCACUAUCUUACAUUUAAGUACAAUGGAAUUCUUAUUGUAUUGAUGUCCUUGGUUAGUGCCCUCAAAUUGUACACAUUCUGGUGGAUUGAACUCUCCUAAAAUAAGUAGAAGAACAAUAAAGAACAAUAAAAUAAACUUUCUCAAGCCUCAAAAACAGCCUUUUCCCAGACACAGUACCCGUCCCCCAGCCACCUGACUCAGCGCUCUGCAGUCAGUGUGCAAUGUUCUCAUGCUCGGUCCAACACCUCAGGGACAGAUCUGCCCCUGAACCAUCCAGACCUUGGCAGUCGACAGCCAAAUGGCCUUGCUGCUACCGUGCUCAGCAUAACAGGGAAAGAGUGGAUGGAAUACAAGUGUCGCUUGAAGUGCCUCCUCCUCAUUCUCCUCUGCAUUCGGUUUUAUACCAUGAAUCAGCACUAUCGGUAUCAGAUGAACAAGGUAGUCCUUGUCUAGAGAUGAAUGAAACCUAAGAGCUCUUCAGACAUAUGGAUGAAAUGGAUCAAUGGUAUUUUCCCCCACAUAGGAAACAUCUAUAGAAUGAACAUUAUUAUUAUAAGGACUGACUGUAAAAAGUUUGACAGUUCAAUUUAACUAAUCUUUAUUCAUUUCAUUCACUUACUAUAAAGAGAUUACAAACGUACAUAACCAUCAGUCAUGUUGUAUUGUCUCAUUAUGACGACUAAUUCUCUCCAUAUUUUCCCUCUCAGAGGAGUCGAUCUACUGCUACACGCCUCACAACUUCACCCGUGACCAGGCCCUGUACGCGCGAGGCUACUGCUGGACAGAGCUGCAUGACGCCGUGCCCGGGGUGGAGCCUGAACUUCGACCUUCGCUGUUCGAGCACAAGUUCCUGCCCUACGCCCUGCUGGCCUUUGCUGGCAUCAUGUACAUCCCUGCUCUGGGCUGGGAGUUCAUGGCCUCCACAAGACUUACCUCCGAGCUCAACUUUCUGCUUCACGAGAUCGACAACUGCUACCACCGGGCGGCCGAGGGCCGGGCCCCUAAAAUUGAGAAGCAGAUCCAGUCCAAAGGACCGGGUAUCACUGAGAAAGAGAGACGCGAGAUCAUCGAGAACGCGGAGAAAGAGAAGAGCCCCGAGCAGAACCUGUUUGAGAAGUACCUGGAGAGACGAGGCCAGAGCAACUUCCUGGCCAAGCUGUACCUGGGGCGCCACCUGGCCAUCAUCUGCCUCAGCUCCAUCCCCAUCUCCUACUUGAGCGCCUACUGGCACCGCCAGCGCCAGAACGAGUUCAGCUGUGCCCUGGGGGAGCCUCCAGACUCCAGCAGCAUCCCAGAGCUGAGGCUCAGCGUCAACUGCAAACUGCCGGCCGUGCAGCUGCAGCGCAUCAUGGCCGCCGUGGACAUCGCCCUGCUGAGCACCAUGAACCUCGUCAUCCUGGUCAACCUGUUGCACCUGUUUGUGGUGCGCAAGUCCAACUUUGUGUUCGACAAACUGCACAAGGUGGGCAUCAAGACGCGGAGGCGCUGGCAGAAGUCCCAGUUCUGCGACAUCAACAUUCUGGCCAUGUUCUGUAACGAGAACCGUGACCACAUCAAGUCACUCAACCGCCUGGACUUCAUCACCAACGAGAGCGACCUCAUGUAUGACAACGUGGUGAGGCAGCUGCUGGCCGCCCUGGCCCAGUCUAACCAAGAUGUCACGCCCACUGUGAGGGACUCAGGCAUUCAGACCCUAGACCCCAAUAUGGACCCCUCUCUCCUGGGGGUAGGGGAGCUGGGAGGGGAGCCGCUGGUCAUCAAACGACCACGCAAGAAGAUGAAGUGGAUCCCCAGCUCCAACCCUCUUCCCCAGCCCUUUAAGGUAGGACCCCAUACACUAGGCCUAAAUGUUGCCUGUCAAAGGUCUGCAUAUUUUGGCCACUUAUAAUGGGCUGGAAAUGACAUAUGUUUGUCUAAAGGUAAAUUACACCUAGUAAGUCUAUUUAUGUUAUGACUAAUUACCACCACAUGAAAAAAAUGAGAUUCCAGAUUUUAGACCCAAAUUAUCUUGAUUCAUCUUGUCACUUGCUCGGCCUCAAGACACCUGUGGAUUUCCUUCAGGUUAAUACCUGAGGAUAAUCAUGUAAAUUAAUAUAAGCAGUAAAAUAGUCUUCACCCACUGUGCUGAAAAACCAAAGCACCACUUACUGUACAGUGGGUUGUACUCAGUGGACAAGAGCAAUAUCAGCAAUAUUCAUAUCAGCGUUUAUUGAGAAGACUUGACAUGGGCCUUUUCUGAUUGAAAGGCCCAUAGAGAAAUGAGGCUCUCAGCAAGAGAUAGCACAGAGUUUAUUCAAUUUAUUCAAUCUCUAAAGGCAGAGGACCUAUUUCAAUCAUAUCUAACAAUGUUAUAUCCGUUAAAGGGAUCGUUCACUUUUUAAGUUUGAGCUUUUUUGCACAUUAAUUAGGGUGAUGUCGUUUCAUCCAAACCGUUUUUAAAUUUGUUAAAACCCGAGGUAACCCUUACUAAGUUGGAAAAACCUUAGGUAAAGAAAACUUCAAAAAAGUGAACUAUCCCUUUAAUAAUCUAAUUCUACUAACUGUCCAUGUCCAUUGUGAAGGAACCUCUGACAAUGACGCGUUUGGAGAACAGCAUUAAGCCUGAGAAGCCCAAACCGGUGAGGAGGAAAACAGUGGCAGAGAACUACGUCGCUCCUUUAAGCAAGAGCACACAGUACUCUGCUAAAGGUACUGUACUGAGAGCAGUGACAUUACUGUAGAAAAUUAGGGUAAUGGAAGGUAACGUUUAUGGUUACUCAGAAUUUUGCUAAAAUACUAUAUUUUGGAUAUUUGACUAAAACUGCUUUUACCUCUGGUUUUGCAUAGAAAGGUGCUUCUGGAAUGUCACAUGCUAUACAUAAAGUUGUGCAACGUGUGCACUAUUCGGUCCUGCUGUUGUGUUCUAUCUCCGCUGACCAUAUCUGUUGAAUGCCGACUGCAGAUAUGAGCACAAUGGAGAAAAAGCAUAGUCGCAACUUUUCCCUGGAUGUCCACCCGUACAUGCUGACCAUCCGUAAGCCCACCAAAGUAGAGACAGUCAGCACAGAGCCUCUGCCACCAGACCACACCCUGGACGCGGUGUUCAUCGAGGGCACCCACACCAUCGUCCAUGUCUCCGCUUCUAUCACAGGUAAGAUUGCCAUGCCCAAUCUCAGGAGGGAUCUGUCACCAAGGCAACCAAACCAUAUUCUAUAUUUACUUAUGUGUCUGGAUAAAAGCGUCUGCUAAAUGACUAAAAUAUAAAUGUAAAUGUGUGUCACGAUCGUUUACGUACGAGACGGACCAAGGCGCAGCGUGAUAAGCGUACAUAUUUAUUUAACGUACUUAACACACGACAAAACAACAAACAAACGAUACGUGAAGUCCUAGGUAGACUAAAUAACAUACCUAUCCGGAACAAGAUCCCACCACUGACUGGUGCCAAAAGGCUGCCUAAGUAUGGUCCCCAAUCAGAGACAACGAGCUACAGCUGCCUCUGAUUGGGAACCACCCUGGCCAACAAAGAUCUAAACGAUCUAGAAACUAAACAUAGAAAUAAACACAACACGAAAUAUACACACCCUGGCUCAACAUUUAAGAGUCCCCAGAGCCAGGGCGUGACAAUGUGUCCCCUGAUUCUUGUUGACAUUUUAGAUCAAGGAGAAAAAUAUGAAAAAUAGCCCACUCUAACAGAAUGCUUAACUUAAUGCAAAUAAAUAAUAAUAAAUAAUAAUUGUGUGCAGAAUUUUCAUUGUUGGACAUAAAAGACCAGGAAAUCAGUGAUUUUAAUUAAAGAAAUCUGUUCCCAAGUAUUCCCACGCAUAAUAGAGACAAAAAUGAUCGUAUACAAAUGUAAGCAAGGUUUGAAAUGAUUAUGUUUUAGUCAAACAUUAUAUCUGAUUGGGCUUCUUGUGGUCAAUUUGCAGUCUACAAAUGUAAUUAUGUUCUGGCCCCCGACCAUCAGCUUACGAAAAAAUUGGGCCACGGCUGAAUCUAGUUGAUGAUCCCUGGGCUACUCUUAGAAAAAAGUGUUCCAAAAGGGUUCCUUGGCUGUCCCCCAUAGGAGAACCCUUUUAGGUUCCAGAUUGAAACCUUUUUUUUUUUUACCUGGAACCAAAAGGGUUCUUCAAAGGGUUCUCCUAUGGGGACAGCUGAAUAACCAUUUUAGGUUCUAGAUCACACCUUUUUUUUCUAAGAGUGUAGAAGUAGGCUAUAACUAGGGUCUAAAGUUUUUUCCGGGUUAGGUCAUGUGGUCUGGAAAAAGUCUGGGCCUGUGUACUGUUCUGUUUUCUCUCUCUCUCUCUCUUUAGAAAAGAAAGGUCGCACUCCAGAGUCCACCAACACAGUCUUCUCUACAAUGACCGUCCCCACCAGCACCUAUAUGAACGGUGCCACUCCCAGCCCCAACCCACCCUUCCUCGCUGACCGCCACCUUACAGAGCCCCUGAUCGAGCAAGAGGAGCCUGAAGAUGCCCAGCCUGCAGUUUUCACUCGGAUCCCUUCCCACCAGCUGCUCAGUAUGCACCAGCUACUCAGUAUGGAGGAAGAGGAGGCUAGAGGACAGGGGGGCAGACUAGCUGAGAGACCCGGGGGGGAACUGAUCUCUGCUGGGGAGUGC